AUGGUUGGUGCACCUUUGGUUCGUUCGGGCCGUAUUGCGACUCGCACUAUCCGCACUCUGCCCACCCUCUCUACCGUCUCGACACCAUCCACAUCCUCGAAGCGUCUGCACACGUGUCCACCCACACCCGAACCGCUCAUCGACGGCUGUGCACCUUUCCUCUCCGCAUCGACCGUCAAGCAGAUCUCGCAAACAUGGCAGGCUGGUCUCCUCGACCUCCUCAAUCAGGAAGUUCGUGACACCCAAUUCGCCUCUUCCUCGAUUGUGGAGACUGUGAUUGGUCUCGCUCAGAACCGCGAGAAGCUACUGGCUUUCAACUACGCCUCCCAGGCCCUCAACAACGCCUUCUUCCUCUCCUCCAUCGCUCCCCAAGACAAACUGCGAAACCCCACCCCGCUGCCAAAAUUGGCAACCGCAGUCUCAAAGAGCUUCGGAAGCUUCCCCGAAAUGUGCCUCGCUUUCUCCGCCGCUGCGUACGGCAUGAGCAGCUCAGGCUGGGUAUGGCUCGUCACCGAUCAACACAGAAACCUUGGAAUCGUCCCAACUUUCGGCGCAGGAACCGUCAUCGUCCAGAACAGGAUUCAGCAGGGAAAGCACUUUGCCAUCCCAAGCGUCAACGACCAACCUACCACCGACGCGGACAGGCCCAACUCCACAGACAGACCCGCCCGCCCCGCAGAAAGCCUCUUCGGAGCGCUGGGUAUUGCGGACAAGGUCGGAAAGGAGCUCUACCCGCUUCUCAACAUCAGCGUCCACGAGCAUGCUUGGCUCGCAGACUACGGCAUCAUGGGCAAGGAGGAGUACCUCACCCGCUUCUGGAACUGCGUCAACUGGGAUAGGGUCGAGGAGAGGUUCGAGUCUUACUGCCCCCAGAGCUCGCGAUACCUCUAG